AGAGGCACACUGGACUGAGGCUGUCAGAAUUAUGGCCCCCAGAGAUACCACCCUCCUCUGUCUCUUGCUCUGUCUCAUCCAGAAGAUUCAGGCACAGGAAGGGGAACUUCCCGUUCCUAAAAUAUCUGCUGUGCCCAGUUCUGUGAUUCCCUGGAAUGAGUCUGUGAAGAUUCAGUGCUGUGGAAUACCUGAGUCUUACUUGUAUCAACUGGAGAUCCUGAAAAACUCCACAUCCACAGUGGUGGCGGAGAGAUGGGGAUUUCAGAAGGUGGCUGAAUUCAUCAUUAAGCACAUAGAUACAAACACUGCAGGGCGUUAUCAAUGCCAAUAUAGGAAAACACUCAGCUGGUCAAAUCAUAGUGAAGCCCUGGAGCUGGUGGUGACAGGCUUGUAUGAGAAACCCUUUCUCUCCACUGAUCAGGGCCGUGUGAUGAUGCCAGGACAGAAUAUUUCCCUCCAGUGUGGUUCAGCACACGUCCCAUUUGAUAGAUUUUUACUGACGAAGGAAGGAGAAGCUUCCUUGCCACAGCACCAAAAUGGAGAACACCAAGGCAAUUUCACCGUGGGUCCUGUGAACCUCAGCUUCUCAGGGAACUACAGGUGCUAUGGUUGGCACAGUGGCAGCCCUUACGUGUGGUCAGCCCCCAGUGAUGCCCUGGAGCUUGUGGUCAUAGAUACCAUGAACCAAGAUUACACAUUGGAGAAUUUGAUCCGAAUGGGAGUGGCAGGGCUGAUCCUUGUGGCUCUCUUGGCCAUACUGGCUGAAAAUUGGCACAGCCAUAAGUUUCCACACAAAGCACACUUAGAAGACUUACCUGAACUGACCUCAAGUACACAGAAACGUCAGACAGAAUAGACCUUGGGACUACCCCCUAAUGACCACCAGGUAGACACUUGGUGCUGCAAGUGGAAAUGAAUCAGCACUUGUGAGGUCCUGCAAAGCUGCUUGGAGAACACAAGGGAGAAAGAGGCACUAAGAAGCUUGGGUCCAUUUCCAGGCCAAUCAAAUGGUAUUUUCUUAUAUGGAUCUGAUAUAUGUGUACCCCAACUUCCUGGAUGUUGGUGAUAAAAUGCUCACUAUAGUCUUGGUUUAACUCACUUACUGUGAUAAAAAAUAAA